UGCAGCACCCGCAUGAGCUCCCAGGAACCCUGGGCCCGUUUCGCUGCGAUGUUGAGAUAUGACCGAGCGAAGCUAUUCUAAGAAUGGGACAGAGAUAUGCAUGCCGUUGCUACCGGUGGCUUGCGAAAGAUAAACGUACGAGCCAGUAAUUGGGCCCGGCUUGCAGAUCAGCACUCCCUGACACGGGGGAAGGACUACACGGGCCAAAUGCAGAACCUGCCCAGAUCACCCGUAAUCUCAACAACUUUAAAACCCCAUGGAAAGUUCAAGAACUCUCCUUGCACCACACGGAGAUUCGCUGGUGGGCUUUUCACUCAAUAUCCCCCUCUCUAGGCCAUGUUCACGAGCGAUCCUCAGCCAUGACCUUGACUGAUCUAGAAAUCUGUGCCGAGGAGAUUGCCACCGCCGCGAGAACCCUGGCGAGAGACGGGCACUCUGGCGGAUAUUCAGCUGGGCUCCCUGACCAUCUCCGACCCGUCCAGCGAACACUGAUUGCCAAUGCCUCGCAAGUAUUCGCCCUCGCCGGUCAGCCCGCCGACUUUGUCCGACAGUUGGCUCUCUAUAAUCAGCUUUUGGCAUGCUUGCGGUGGCUGGGGGAGUUCCAGGUGCUAGCGUGUAUCCCUCUGGAUGAAUCCGUACCCUUUGAAGACGUUGCAGACAUUGCAGGAGUCCCUGAAUGUCGGCUACGUCGACUGGUGCGACCACUAUUUACAAUAGGCUUUCUUUGUGAGCCUUCACCGGGGCAUGUGGCACACAGUGUGCUGUCGAAACAGUUUGUGACCCAACCAGGCCUGCUGGACGCCAUUUUCUUCAUGUCGGACACUCUGGCUCCGUCAGCGUCAGCGAUGGGGACCCAGACGCGCAGAUCUGGGGCCUCAGAGCAGCCGGAAGAUUCCGCAUGGAACCUCGCCGUGGGAAGUAACUCUCCUUUUGCCGUAUGUCUUCAACAACGACCCAAGGUGAAGCGACAGCUGGGUGCCUACCUCUCCUACGUGUCAAGUGCCAUGGAUGCUGCCGUGGAAGAUACACUUACUCAGAUGAACUGGCAAAGCUUGGGAAUGGCAACAGUCGUCCAUGUGGGUGCCCAGUCACCCUCACUGGUUGUUGCCCUCGCUCCCCAAUUUCCAUCACUCCGUUUCCUCGUGCAGACAGAACCGAAGACCGAGUCUGGCGGUCAUCAACCAUGUGUCGUUAAUCAUGGCAUGUCUACCUUGAAACUAGCGAGCAUACCUCUGCAUCUACGCGACCGCAUCACUUGGGGCACCCGUCCAUCAACAGCAACACAACCUGUCCUCGAUGCGGUGGUCUAUCUUAUCUCCAUCCCAUCCCCAUCCCCGCAGUCGUCAGCGAUGGAAAUCACCAUGCGAGUAGCUCAGAUGCUAAGAGCUCAUGUGGACGUGUUGCGGAAUAAUUCAGAGGCGAGGCUCAUUUUGACUCUGCCGAUGUCGGCGGUCUCAAGGUCGAUGGACCCUGCGGCGCGAGCAGCUGUCAGUCUGAGCGACCUCUCCUUACUGCAGCUCACCAAUGGUGCGCCCCUCAACAUGGGCGAGAUACGAGAUUUGCUGCGGAGUCGCUCCGACGGGCUGGUGUUGAUGCGGGAGGUUCGAUCUCCCACCAACGCCGUGAUUGCAUUUGAGAUUCAGUACCGUGUGGACAAUGAUGAUACGCGAUUUUAAAUCCUAGUGGCCUUCCAUGCCGCAGCUAUAUUGUCCACAAGCUUAAGAACUAGCUUAGUAACAUCCUGACAAUGUCGCAGCGGGGCCAUCUGUGUCCAGAGUCUUCUGGAAAUUAUCAAAAUGCAGAAAAUCAAUUCAGCCCGGCGUUAAUCAUAGGCUGGAUAAUAGGGUGACCACGGCGUUGCAUUGCAAGGGGCUUCGAGUGGAGUUCUAGGUAGGAGC